CGACCACAACACACCCAGCGUUCAUUUCUCCGCUAGCAGUCAUGAACCACGAAGACGGCGCAGCGGAGCUGCACGCCACUCUUCAGCAGACGUCCGGCAGGAACUCUAUCGGCGGCACAACCGGGGGGAGAGCCGCUUCGGUUGACAUGACUGGCGCAAAGCUCCCGAUUGUGGAACACGAGAAAGCACCUGCUGUUGAUGCCGAACACCAGCACGAGCAGACUCCAGACGAUGCCGAGCCAAAUGAGUACGAGAAGCAGACUCUGCGACAUAUUGGGGACAAGUUUCCAGCUUCUGCAUACCUGAUCGCCGCGGUGGAGUUGUGCGAACGCUUUACAUACUACGGCUGUCAAGGCCUCUUCCAGAACUAUAUCAACAACAGACCAGGGGGCCAGGAUGGUCCCCGUGGACUGGGUCUCGGCCAUGCUGGAGCCACUGGUCUGAACCUCUUCUUCCAAUUCUUCUGCUACGUUACGCCUAUAAUCGGUGCCAUUAUCUCCGAUCAGUAUCUCGGGAAGUACAAGACCAUUGUCAUCUUUGCUGGCGUAUACUGGUGCGGACUAGUCAUCCUAUGGACCACGGCAUUGCCCACAUCGAUCGAGGGUGGCCAUGCGCUAGGAGGAUACGUGACUGCUCUUGUUGUGAUCGCGUUUGGUACAGGAGGUAUCAAGUCCAACAUUGCUCCUCUAAUCGCCGACCAAUACACUCGGCGUCUUAUGGCCAUUAAGACUUUGCCAAGCGGAGAGCGAGUGGUUAUUGACCCGGCCAUCACCUACCAACGGAUCUACAUGAUGUUCUACGGCUGCAUUAAUAUCGGUUGUCUCUCGCUACUCGCUACACCAUUCAUGGAGAAGUACGAAGGCUUCUGGACGGCAUACCUCAUGUGCUUCUUCAUGUUCUGCGUCGGAGUGGCCGUGCUGGUCUUUUGCCGUGGCCGAUACAUCGACAGACCACCUCAGGGAUCGAUCAUUACCGAUGCAUUCAAGGCUAUUGGCAUCAUGAUCGUCAAUCGCAACACUAGCGCUGCCAAACCAAGUUGGCGUGAAGCGAAUGGGAAGACGAAGGCAGUCGCAUGGAAUGAUCAUUUUAUCGACGAGCUCAAGCGGGCCUUGCGUGCGUGCAAGGUCUUUUGCUUCUAUCCAGUAUUCUGGGUGAUAUAUGGACAGUUCUCAUCGAAUUUCGUCAGCCAAGCGGGACAAAUGGAGGGCCACGGCAUGCCAAACGAUCUGAUGCAAAAUUUCGAUCCAAUCUCGAUCAUUGUCUUCAUUCCUAUCCUGGAUCGCUUUGUCUACCCAGCGCUUCGCAAGAUGCACAUCGAACUAAAGCCAAUCGCGAGAAUCUGCAUUGGAUUCGUCUUGGCUUCGCUGUGCGUUGCUUACGCAGCCAUCGUGCAGCACCUGAUCUAUUCCGCGGGUCCUUGCUAUGGCAGACCUGGACACUGUCCGGCCGGCAUGGAUGGAGAAACACCACUUCCGAACCACCUUCACAUUGCUGUGCAAACUCCAGCUUACGUGUUCAUCGGCCUUGCUGAGAUCUUCAUCUCGGUCACUGGUCUCGAAUAUGCCUACACCAAGGCUCCUCCUUCGAUGAAAUCGUUCGUGCAGUCGCUUUACCUCUUCACGAACGCCAUCGGAUCCGCCCUUGGCGAGGCCCUAGUUCCUGCUACGGGAGAUCCAGCGAUCAUGUGGAUGUACACAGGCAUCUCAGUGGCUUCAUUCAUCACUGCAAUCGUUGUCUGGAUCAUCUUCCAUCACUACGACAGGGAGGAGACCGCGAUGAAUGAGCUUGAUGCUCGUGCGCACUCGGAGAAGACGGAUCCUGCGAGUGAGACUGCUAGCGUAGCGGAUCGACCUGCGACCCAGCCAAAUGAGAAGAUAUGAUGAGAUAGACGACGGAUAGUAGGACGAUGGUACUCAAUCGAAGAAGUCAGCUGCAUUGUCAGCUGUUGGACCAAUUGCGUUACCUUUACGUGCCUCACGUUAUUCACUUCAACAAGUGAAUGAUCGAUCAGUCGGGCCGGAUCUAUUAACCAAAGCUGACCUUUACUAGAAGUACAAUAUCUCACUCCGCC